CAUUCAGUCGACAUUUGCGAACACAUAUAAAUAUGGAUUAGGUAUUCAAUUUUAUCGAAGUGUUUACUUAACAAGUCUACUACCUCAAAAUGUCCAAGAAUCUGAUUGGUUAAAAUCAUUACGGCUUGAAUUAAAAGGGAAGCAAGAUUUUGAUAUUUAUGAAUUACCUUAUGGCGAACAAAAAUUAUCGGCUUUAAGAUAUUUUAGAUGUAACGCAAGUUAUAGCGUAAUCUCUAAUUUGUCAUAUAUCAGAUCGUGCACUUCAUCACAUCUUGGGGAUGAUAUUGCUAAAUUGAUAAAGAAUCAAAGGGAUUUUAAAGAUAUCAUCAUAUGUGGAAAUUCUCUCAAGAAGUGGGAAAGCAUUUUGUAUCAACAUAACAACCUAACAAGAAUUACUUUACAACGCAUUUUAGUAUCCUUUCCAUUAAUGAAUUUUGGAGAUUGUGGAUGUAUCAACCUUGUUCAAAAGGUUGAACACAUUUUCUUGUUUGAGGAAGGAUUUGAAAAAUUUAUCAAUACUUUGUUACGACAUUCAAACGAAAAUAUGAAAGAAAUAAAAUUUUUUGAUGAUUUUAGAGAUUCAAAGUACCUUAAAGAUAUCAAAGGGACAUAUGUUCCAAAAUGUCUUUUAUUUAAUUGGGUGCGAUUUACCCAAGAGUCUAUAUGCGCUUAG